CACUUACACGCCGGCUUCACCACUUUGACAUAAAAUAUGUAGACUAAAACAUUGAAUUGGAAAGCGUUAGAGACGCCGUCAAGAUAGAAAUGGAAGGUCCGGGGAAGCUGCUGGGGUAUAGAGCUCUACACAAGAAAAUUCGAGAUGUACAUGGACUUAGUGUACCGAGAAAUCUUGUGUAUACUGUCAUGCAAGAUGUUAACCAUCAAGGCCUACAAAACAGAGGAGGUGUAGGAAAGCCUAAAAGGCCAAAAAGAACCAAAGCUUUUGUAUCAAACGGGCCUAAUUUCACAAUGUCACUUGAUGGCCACGACAAGAUGUGCGGGUACCAAAACAGUACAUUCCCCUUGUGCAUCUAUGGAGCUCAAGAUGCUUACAGUGCCAGGAUACAAUUUCUCAGAAUCUGGACCACCAACAGUGAUCCAAAUAUUAUAGGCUGUUUUUAUUUUGAUUACCUAUAUGAGGAAAGAGUUACAUGUGCAUGUUCAUGUGUAUGUGAUGAUUACAACAUGAGCAGUCGGGUUGUAUGUUACAAUGCAAAGUCAAGUGUAGACUGACUGUUAAUGUUCUCACCAUAUUUUAUGACUUU